CUGGUGGACAGAUAGACAACGGCACGUCCCACGUUGAUGAGAGGACUCGAGGACUGACGCCCCUUUGACUAACUACCGCCACAACCAGAAAAACACAAGACAGAAGGCCUGUUCGCUCGUGGUCCGACAGUGAGCUUCACCUCUGACCCGUGAGGAGCAUCCGCCAGAUUCACCGUCUCCAAGUCUGCCAUCUCCUGUAAAGAUGCUGCUCCUACUACUGGGAAUCAUCCUGCUGCACGUCGCUGCUCUGGUUCUCCUGUUCGUGUCAACAAUUGUCAGCGUGUGGACGACAGGUGAAACCAGCACCUCGGACCUCUGGAUAAACUGCUCCACUGCCAAUGGGCCAUACCAAUGUAUACCGGCAUCAACUGGAGAGUGGAUUCAGGCGGUGCAGGCUCUAAUGAUCCUAUCCAUCAUCUUCAGCUGCCUGUCUCUCUUCCUCUUCUUCUGCCAGCUCUUCACUCUGCAGAAGGGCGGACGCUUCUUCCUCACCGGAACCUUCCAGAUCCUCGCCAGUUUGUUCGUGAUGAGCGGAGCCAUCAUCUACACGGUGAUGAGUACGGAUUGGGUGCCGGAGACAAACGCCUUCGGCUUCUCCUACAUCCUGGCGUGGGUGGCCUUCCCCUUGGCGCUGAUCAGCGGACUCAUCUACGUCAUCUUGAGGAAGCGAGAAUGAGCCGUCACUCCAUCCCAGUGUUCCCAGUAAAAAAAAAA